GGCUGGUUACCACGCGGCGGUGGCUGCUGUUGAGGCGGAGAGAGCGGAGGGGCGGCGGCGCAGGGAACGGAGCGGGCGGAGCCGCGGCUGCAGCCGGAGUCUUGUCGGGGCGGGACCGGGGAAGAGGCACCCGGAAGGGAAGAGCGCCAGGCUCCCAGCGCGGCAGGAAAGUAAAAGUCAAGCUAUGUCUACCAACUUAAAAUAUCUUUCCUUGGGGAUAUUGGUCUUCCAGACAACUAGUUUAGUAUUGACUAUGCGUUACUCUCGGACACUGAAAGAAGAAGGACCUCGUUAUUUAUCUUCAACCGCAGUAGUCAUUGCUGAGCUUUUGAAGAUUAUGGCCUGCAUUUUAUUGGUCUAUAAAGACAGCAAAUGCAAUUUUCGAGCUCUGAACAGAGUAUUACAUGAUGAAAUCCUUAACAAGCCAAUGGAGACACUUAAGCUUGCUAUUCCAUCAGGGAUUUACACAUUACAGAAUAACCUGCUAUAUGUUGCCUUGUCAAAUCUAGAUGCAGCCACUUACCAGGUCACGUACCAAUUGAAAAUUCUAACCACAGCGUUAUUUUCUGUGUCCAUGCUCAGUAAGAAAUUAGGUGUAUAUCAGUGGCUUUCAUUAGUGAUUUUGAUGACUGGAGUUGCAUUUGUACAGUGGCCAUCAGAUUCACAAGCAGCCACAACGAAAGAACUUUCAGCAGGAUCACAAUUUGUGGGCCUAAUGGCAGUUCUUAUAGCCUGCUUUUCAAGUGGAUUUGCUGGUGUGUAUUUUGAGAAAAUUUUGAAAGAAACAAAACAGUCAGUAUGGAUUAGGAACAUUCAGCUAGGAUUUUUUGGUGGCAUAUUUGGAAUGAUGGGUGUGUACAUUUAUGAUGGAGAACUUGUCUCGAAGAAUGGGUUUUUUCAAGGUUAUAACAAGCUCACCUGGAUAGUUGUAGUUCUACAGGCACUUGGAGGCCUUGUGAUAGCUGCUGUUAUAAAAUAUGCAGACAAUAUUUUAAAAGGAUUUGCAACAUCUUUGUCUAUUAUAUUGUCAACAUUAAUUUCGUACUUCUGGCUACAGGAUUUUGUCCCUACAAGUGUAUUUUUCCUUGGAGCCAUUCUUGUAAUAGCAGCAACAUUCCUAUAUGGUUACGAUCCGAAGCCUACAGGGAAUCCUACUAAAGCAUAGCAGACUCUUCCAUGCCAACCUGUUUUGCCAAGACUGUGCAUUAAGGACCUCAGAAUAACUCUGUGUGGAGGACUUGAUCAUGUACUGGAAAGGAAGAGUUUACACUGUAUCUGCAGAAUGACAAUAUGUUAAAUAAUGGUUUAUGGGAGACAAAGAAUUGCAAACAAAAAACUAUACUUACCUCUGGAGAAAGAAGGAAGGCCUAGAGCAAAACUUGAAGGGAACACUCUGGUUCUUGUACCUACAAUUAGAAGUGCUUCCAGCUUGAACUCUGAGGCUGAAUCAGAAUGAUUUACUGUUUUUGACAGCUACAGAAUUGCCCUAUGCACUCUUCUUGCAAGAGCACAUGACAUUUGUUGAAUCGUAUCUGUUUUUUGCAAAUUGACUAUUUCAUCUUCCUAAGUAUUUUUUUUAACUUGCUGUAUAUCUGUAUUAAACUGAAAUAAGACUUACAAUGAUGGUUCUGAUUAGGUAUUGCUAUUUAAAAACUUGUGAAAUAUAACUGAAAGGCAUCAUUAUUUCCAGAUUUUUAAGAUUUUAUAUAGAAGGCUGAAUUAAUAAACAAAUUGGUGUUGUAUCACAUCUAUACACAUUUUUUUACAAUAAUGAGACACUUUCUUGGUAGGUUCCAUGAGAGGAAGAAUGUAAUACUUUUAUCAUUUGUGGAUCCAAUGAGAAGGGGUGUGUGUGUGUAGAUGGGUCAGGUCAGUUGCACCCUUCCUAGUCACUUAAAUGGGAGCCUUACAAUCUACAGAAACCAGUGGAGGUUGCAGUACUGCAGUGCCUGGUGGGUUGCUUCCACACUUGGGGAAUUUGGCAAUGAUACAGUGCCAUUGUUGACAUCAGAUAUGAGUGUGCUUGGUUCAGAGAACAUUUUAAGCAACAAUGUAUUGUACUUAAUGUAUGGUAUGUUUCAUUGUUUAAAAAUCUAAUUUGAAGAUAUUUUUAAAAUUGUAUUUUUUCAAUUAGUCAUGUAAAUGUUUAAAGGUAUUAUAAUUGCUCCUUUUGGAGCCGCAGUGAUAUAUCAUGUGCAUAUACUGUACUAUAUUACAGAGCUUUUAAAAAAAUAACUUUUAAGAAUUAUGUCACAAAAGUUGUUCCGUCUAGUCUUGAAAUUUCAUGGUCAGGAUAUAUGCUAAUUGUAUUAAUCAAGACAUGAAAAAUAGUUACUGGGCAACAAACAGCACGGUCCAUCCCUGUGCACAUGGAGAUAUCACUUUAAGGCCCAGAGAGCCCUCUCCCUCCAUAGUACUUCUGAAGAAACUCCAAAAUUGAUUCUGAACUGGGCCUAGAUUAGAUGGCUCCCAUUCCAGGUAAUUGCCAGCGAUGUAGGGAGGAGAGCUCCAUUUAGCCCUAAGACUAUUUCUAAUUGCACACAUGGCUGUAGUUGCAGUAGGGAUUAUGCCCAUCAUGUUUUGAGAGUUCAAAAAUAAACUUUUCAGGAAUACCAGCCGUACUUAUGGCAGUGGGCCAGUUUAGAUGUUACAGAAGGUUUCGUGUUAUGUCUUCUGUCUCUCCAUGCAUUUUAUAUGAAACUAUAACAUGUUAACUAAGCCCUCAAUGGAUAGGAUUGCAGCUUCCUGGUGGUGAUUAUCAUGAUUGCUGUGCUAAAAAAAAUCCUCUGCCACAAUCUUGGGAAUUUGUGCUGGGAAGCUGUGGCUAUAUGAAUGGAGGGUAUGUUGGCAUACUGUGGUUCUCCAUGUCCCUGGAAACGUUGAGCCACAUGGGAUGGAAACCUUUUUGUUUGGUUUGUUUCUGUUUUCGGAAAUAAUUGAUCCAACUCAAUGUGGUGGGCAAGUGUGUUAAAUUGCUUACAAUAACAUAUCAAAAUAAGGUAAUAUCUGUAUUACACCAUGCCUGCAAAUCUGUUCAACAGCCAUGGCUUUUCCCUUCUUCCUCUAGCGUGUCCUGUCAUGGAAUCCUUGGGAAAAAUAGGAAAUCGUAAGCAAGUUUCCUCUUGACGCUUAAGGGGAUUCCUUGCAGGAAGCCAUGAGCUAAACUGGUUUACAAAUGGCUUAAAUGUAUAGUGUCAAUAUGUUCCAAAGAUCUAAUUCUGUUCUGUAAAAAUAGUUUAAUAACUAUAUUUAUCAAGGAAUUCUUUCAGUCAAAGUUCUCAAGGAAAGAGUUAGGUUAGUGUACGGUGAUUUCACAGCCAAUUUUUUUUAAACAUUGCUGAAGAAUUGAAAAAUAAAAUGCUGAUGAUCAUUUGCCUACAUCUCCACUGAUAAUGGUUAAAGUAAUUUAUGUUCUUUAUAUUGGUAUUGAUGAUAAAUAAAGUGCUUAAAAUGGCAAAA